GGUGGGCCAGGCCGUGGUACCCACCUGGUGAUGCGGGGCGAGGCCGCCUGCACAGGCCACUGAGAGCCCCGAACGCGCCCCAGCCGCCACCAUGGCCCGCCUGGCCGCCGUGCUCUGGAGUCUCUGCAUCACUGCCGUCCUGGUUACCUCGGCCACCCAAGGCCUGAGCCGGGCCGGGCUCCCAUUCGGGCUGAUGCGGCGAGAGCUGGCAUGUGAAGGCUACCCCAUCGAGCUGCGGUGCCCAGGCAGCGACGUCAUCAUGGUGGAGAACGCCAACUAUGGGCGCACAGAUGACAAGAUCUGCGACGCUGACCCUUUCCAGAUGGAGAACGUGCAGUGCUAUCUGCCAGAUGCCUUCAAGAUCAUGUCCCAGAGGUGUAACAACCGCACCCAGUGCGUGGUGGUCGCUGGCUCCGACGCCUUUCCCGACCCCUGUCCCGGGACCUACAAGUACCUGGAGGUGCAGUACGACUGUGUCCCCUACAAAGUGGAGCAGAAAGUCUUCGUGUGCCCAGGGACUCUGCAGAAGGUGCUGGACCCCACCUCGACACACGAGUCAGAGCACCAGUCUGGCGCAUGGUGCAAGGACCCACUGCAGGCGGGUGACCGCAUCUACGUCAUGCCCUGGAUCCCCUACCGCACGGACACGCUGACCGAGUACGCCUCAUGGGAGGACUACGUGGCAGCGCGCCACACCACCACCUACCGCCUGCCCAACCGUGUGGAUGGCACGGGCUUCGUGGUCUAUGAUGGCGCCGUCUUCUACAACAAGGAGCGCACGCGCAACAUCGUCAAGUACGACCUGCGCACGCGCAUCAAGAGCGGGGAGACGGUCAUCAACACGGCCAAUUACCACGAUACCUCGCCCUACCGCUGGGGGGGCAAGACCGACAUCGACCUGGCCGUGGACGAGAACGGGCUGUGGGUCAUCUACGCCACCGAGGGCAACAACGGGCGGCUGGUGGUGAGCCAGCUCAACCCCUACACGCUGCGCUUCGAGGGCACGUGGGAGACCGGCUACGACAAGCGCUCGGCGUCCAACGCCUUCAUGGUGUGCGGUGUCCUCUACGUGCUGCGUUCCGUGUACGUGGAUGACGACAGCGAGGCGGCCGGCAACCGCGUGGACUACGCCUUCAACACCAACGCCAACCGCGAGGAGCCUGUCAGCCUGGCCUUCCCCAACCCCUACCAGUUCGUCUCUUCCGUUGACUAUAACCCUCGUGACAACCAGCUGUAUGUCUGGAACAACUAUUUUGUGGUGCGCUAUAGCCUGGAGUUCGGGCCACCCGACCCCAGUGCUGGCCCAGCCACUUCGCCACCCCUCAGCACGACCACCACGGCCCGGCCCACACCCCUGACCAGCACAGCCUCGCCUGCGGCCACCACCCCACUCCGCCGGGCGCCCCUCACCACGCACCCCGUGGGUGCCAUCAACCAGCUGGGACCUGACCUACCUCCAGCCACUGCCCCCGCCCCCAGCACCCGGCGGCCCCCCGCCCCCAAUCUGCAUGUGUCCCCGGAGCUCUUCUGUGAACCUCGAGAGGUGCGGCGGGUCCAGUGGCCGGCCACCCAGCAGGGCAUGCUGGUGGAGAGGCCCUGCCCCAAGGGGACUCGAGGAAUUGCCUCCUUCCAGUGUCUACCAGCCCUGGGGCUCUGGAACCCCCGGGGCCCUGACCUCAGCAACUGCACCUCCCCCUGGGUCAACCAGGUGGCCCAGAAGAUCAAGAGCGGGGAGAACGCAGCCAACAUUGCCAGUGAGCUGGCCCGCCACACCCGGGGCUCCAUCUAUGCGGGUGAUGUGUCCUCCUCUGUGAAGCUGAUGGAGCAACUGCUGGACAUCCUGGAUGCCCAGCUGCAGGCCCUGCGGCCCAUCGAGCGCGAGUCAGCCGGCAAGAACUACAACAAGAUGCAUAAGCGAGAGAGAACCUGUAAGGACUACAUCAAGGCCGUGGUAGAGACGGUGGACAACCUGCUGCGGCCAGAGGCUCUUGAGUCCUGGAAGGACAUGAAUGCCACCGAGCAGGUGCACACGGCCACCAUGCUCCUGGACGUCCUAGAGGAGGGCGCCUUCCUGCUGGCCGACAAUGUCAGGGAGCCUGCCCGCUUCCUGGCCGCCAAGCAGAAUGUGGUCCUCGAGGUCACAGUCCUGAACACAGAGGGUCAAGUGCAAGAGCUGGUGUUCCCCCAGGAGUACCCGAGCGAGAACUCGAUCCAGCUGUCCGCCAACACCAUCAAGCAGAACAGCCGCAACGGAGUGGUCAAAGUUGUCUUCAUCCUCUACAACAACCUGGGCCUCUUCCUGUCCACCGAGAAUGCCACGGUGAAGCUGGCAGGUGAAGCGGGCGCGGGGAGCCUGGGGGGCGCCUCCCUGGUGGUGAACUCCCAGGUCAUCGCAGCGUCCAUCAACAAGGAGUCCAGCCGAGUUUUCCUCAUGGACCCUGUCAUCUUCACUGUGGCCCACCUGGAGGCCAAGAACCACUUCAAUGCUAACUGCUCCUUCUGGAACUACUCGGAGCGUUCCAUGCUGGGCUACUGGUCAACCCAGGGCUGCCGCCUGGUGGAGUCCAACAAGACCCACACCACGUGUGCCUGCAGCCACCUCACCAACUUUGCCGUGCUCAUGGCUCACCGCGAGAUCUACCAGGGCCGCAUCAACGAGCUACUGCUGUCAGUCAUCACCUGGGUGGGCAUCGUCAUCUCCCUGGUCUGCCUGGCAAUCUGUAUCUCCACUUUCUGCUUCCUACGGGGACUGCAGACUGACCGAAACACCAUCCACAAGAACCUGUGCAUCAACCUCUUCCUGGCUGAGCUGCUCUUCCUGGUUGGGAUAGACAAGACUCAGUAUGAGAUUGCCUGCCCCAUCUUCGCUGGCUUGCUGCACUACUUCUUCCUGGCUGCCUUCUCCUGGCUGUGCCUGGAGGGCGUGCACCUCUACCUGCUUCUGGUGGAGGUGUUUGAGAGCGAGUACUCCCGCACCAAAUACUACUACCUGGGCGGGUACUGCUUCCCAGCCCUGGUGGUGGGCAUCGCAGCCGCCAUCGACUACCGCAGCUACGGCACCGAGAAGGCCUGCUGGCUCCGAGUGGACAACUAUUUCAUUUGGAGCUUCAUUGGGCCCGUCUCCUUUGUUAUCGUGGUGAACCUGGUGUUCCUCAUGGUGACUCUGCACAAGAUGAUCCGGAGCUCAUCCGUGCUCAAGCCCGAUUCCAGUCGCCUCGACAACAUUAAAUCCUGGGCCCUGGGGGCCAUUGCGCUGCUCUUCCUGCUGGGCCUCACCUGGGCUUUUGGCCUCCUCUUCAUCAAUAAGGAGUCGGUGGUCAUGGCCUAUCUCUUCACCACCUUCAACGCCUUCCAGGGGGUCUUCAUCUUCGUCUUUCACUGCGCCUUACAGAAGAAGGUGCAUAAGGAGUACAGCAAGUGCCUGCGUCACUCCUACUGCUGCAUUCGCUCCCCGCCCGGGGGCGCUCACGGCUCGCUCAAGACCUCAGCUAUGCGGAGCAACACCCGCUACUACACGGGGACCCAGAGCCGUAUCCGGAGGAUGUGGAACGACACCGUGAGGAAACAGACGGAAUCCUCUUUCAUGGCGGGCGACAUCAACAGCACACCCACCCUGAACCGAGGUACCAUGGGGAACCAUCUGCUGACCAACCCUGUGCUGCAGCCCCGUGGGGGCACCAGCCCCUACAACACUCUCAUUGCCGAGUCAGUGGGCUUCAAUCCUUCCUCACCCGCCGUCUUCAACUCCCCAGGGAGCUACCGGGAACCCAAGCACCCCUUGGGAGGCCGAGAAGCCUGCGGCAUGGACACGCUGCCCCUCAACGGCAACUUCAACAACAGUUACUCCUUGCGAAGCGGGGACUUCCCUCCAGGGGAUGGGGCCCCCGAGCCACCUCGAGGCCGGAACCUGGCCGACGCUGCCGCCUUCGAGAAGAUGAUCAUCUCGGAGCUGGUGCACAACAACCUUCGGGGUGGCAGCAGCGGAGCCAGGGGCCCUCCACCGCCCGAGCCCCCCGUGCCGCCAGUGCCAGGGGGCAGCGGCGAGGAAGAGGCAGGCGGGCCCGGGGGUGCUGACCGGGCAGAGAUCGAACUUCUCUACAAGGCCCUGGAGGAGCCACUGCUUCUGCCCCGGGCCCAGUCGGUGCUGUACCAGAGCGAUCUGGACGAGUCGGAGAGCUGCACAGCGGAGGACGGGGCCACCAGCCGGCCCCUCUCCUCCCCUCCGGGCCGGGACUCCCUCUACGCCAGCGGGGCCAACCUGCGGGACUCGCCCUCCUACCCGGACAGCAGCCCCGAGGGGCCCAGUGAGGCCCUGCCCCCACCCCCACCCGCACCCCCUGGCCCCCCCGAAAUCUACUACACCUCGCGCCCACCGGCCCUGGUGGCCCGGAACCCCCUGCAGGGCUACUACCAGGUGCGGCGGCCCAGCCACGAGGGCUACCUGGCGGCCCCAGGCCUCGAGGGGCCAGGGCCCGAUGGGGAUGGGCAGAUGCAACUGGUUACCAGUCUCUGAGGGACCUCACGGACCAGGGGCUGGUGUCCCAGGCCGGGGAUUGAACCCUGGGUAGGGCUCUGGUGGGAGAGGGAGGCUGAUGGAGACUGGCUGCUGGGCCACUCUCUCCAGGUGCCCCUUGGCCAUGGGCCCUCCAGGCCCCUCGGGAGCUCUGCUCUGGGGGCCCGAGGUGCAGGGUUCACAGACAGGGUUUCCCACCAGCCGUGUGCACCAGCUCAGUCUGGGGCAAGUGCAGUGAGGAACCAGGAGGUCCCCAGGGGAGUGAGGAAGGAGAAAUUGGAAGGGUGCAGCCCACUCUUGACUUCCCCCUCCCACCCCCUACUCUUCCUACUCCCUGGAGGGAAGUGAGGGCUCUGGUUUCCCUGAGUCAAAGGCCCUGCUGGAUGGAACCCGUCAGCUGCUCCUCUCUUUGCAGCCAGAGUGCUGCCAGUUGCACCGGGAUGGAGCAGUGGGGACAGGACAGAUGGACAGGUUCCUCUGCACUACAGUUCCCUGCUCCACGGAGACUGGGGCCUCUGGCCGGGGAGAGAGCCCUAGCGGGGGAAAAAGCCCCAGGGCAAGAGCAAUGGGCGGUUGUGGCUGGUGGUUUAAAGGUGGAACUUUCUCCGAAGCUCCUUCUCUCUGCUCUUCGUCCCAGCCUUCCCAGCAAGCCUGCCCCCUCAGCCCUCCUUGAGUGCACCCAAUGACCCCCUCCCUUGGGGUGACUCCUGAUGAAGCACAACUCCCCGCAGGGCCCCCAGCCCACAGGGGUGGCCAUAUUUGAGCAGUUCCCAGUCCUGUGGGCUUGGCUAUUUGGGGAGCAGAUUUUGGGUCUGGAUCUCCCUGGGGAGUGGGUCCUGGGCUUGGAUCUUUCCCUAGGGGGCCCUCUUACCCCUUCCCUCUCUCCUCUUCCUCCAUCCCCAUUGCUGUAAAUAUUUCAAUGAAAUGGAAAAGGAAAGAAAAAAAAAAAAAAAAAGACAAAGAAAGGAAGAAAAUCUCAUCACUUGAAGCCACCAGGAGCCUGCGGCCCGGCCAGCCCGGGAUUUCUCCGGAGCAGAGCUGCGCCGCUGGGCCCUGGCAGCCAGGACUUCUCUGUGUACGUGUGCAUCCCCAGCCGGGUGGGCGGGCCGCCAGAGCAGCUUUUUACAAUCCAGAGACAGAAAACAAAAUCUAGAAGCAACAUCAAAACAAAGAACCCGUUUCCUUUCCGGCACCCGGCACCCGUUUCUGUCGCCUCCUUCCCUGAUCUGCCUCUCCCUGGCAUCAGUCAGCCCUCCUGGGGCGUGUACCUCACUGCCUGCCCCAGGACUUGGGGCCUGUCUCCCCGUCCCCUCCCCACUGGCCCAGGGGAGGCACCCUCACGCCCAAAGAUGCUUUUGCCAAGGUGGCUGCGCUGUCCCUUGGAGUUCCUGCUUCUUGUACAUUGCUUCUGGGACUCGGCCUGGGAGGAAGGGGCUGAUUUCCCGCCUGCAGAGGUUGAGAGGGGAAGGAAAAUGAGGGCAGCAGGGUUUGACAGAUGACUGAGGAGGGAGGGCUGGGAACGGUGAGGCAGUUCUCCUUCACGGGAUGGGGAGGCCAGAGGUG